AGCUAAAAGCCUUCAGGCUAAGAGGUGUUCCCCACUCUGCAGCCAGACUCCUUGAAAUACCCUUUGAGUGAGCUUCAGUGUCUCCAUGUCUCUGCUCUGCUAUAACAAAGGCUGUGGGCAACACUUUGACCCCAAUACCAAUCUCCCUGAUUCCUGUCGCUAUCACCCUGGGGUGCCAAUCUUUCAUGAUGCACUUAAGGGUUGGUCCUGCUGCCGAAAGCGAACUGUAGAUUUCUCUGAGUUCUUAAACAUCAAGGGCUGUACUGUGGGACUACACUGUGCAGAGAAGCUGCCUGAGGUCCCUCCUCAGCCUGAGGGCCCUGCCACAAGUUCACUUCAGGAGCAAAAACCUCUAAAUACAAUUCCAAAGUCAGCAGAGACCUUGUUCCGAGAAAGGCCUAAGUCUGAGAUGCCUCCCAAACUGCUACCACUUCUUAUAUCUCAAGCCCUGGGAGUGGCUUUGGAACAGAAGGAACUAGACCAGGAACCGGGAGCAGGACUUGACAAUAGUCUGAUCUGGACUGGUUCCAGCUGCCAGAACCCAGGAUGUGAUGCUGUUUACCAAGGUCCUGAGAGUGAUGCUACUCCGUGUACCUAUCACCCAGGGGCACCUCGGUUUCAUGAGGGGAUGAAGUCUUGGAGCUGUUGUGGUAUCCAGACUCUGGAUUUUGGGGCAUUCCUGGCACAGCCAGGAUGUAGAGUUGGUAGACAUGAUUGGGCAAAGCAGCUGCCAGCAUCUUGCCGCCAUGAUUGGCACCAGACAGACUCUGUAGUAGUGCUGACGGUCUAUGGCCAGAUUCCGCUUCCUGCAUUCAACUGGGUGAAGGCCAGUCAAACUGAGGAUAACAACUGUUCUGAAAUCCUGGAGAGAAAGGAGAUGAGGAUAAAAAAAAAUUCCAGAUCUGACUUCAGCCUGAGUGUCCCUUGCCUGGACUGGUCCACAUACCAGCUGUGAGGAAAUUGGAUCCUCCGAGGCCCCUUGUGCAUCCUACCUUCCCUGGACCUCUGUUACUAUUUAUUGAGCUUUGACCCCCCAACCAUCUGUUUCAGUCCUGGUAAAGAGGUCCGGGUUCCGUUCUGAAUCAUGCUCCAAGCCGCUGAGCAGUCUUCCGUUUCCUUUGUUGCAUGGACAGUUUCUCUAUACCACUAAAAGCAGGACAAUGAAUAUAAGAGACGCCUUUAUAAAAAUCUUAAUACAAGCAGGUCAAAAGAACAGAUUAAACUAUACAACAGACAUGUUAGUCAAUAAACCCCAAGCUUCAAAACUACUCAGAAACUGUCUAGCUUCUUCAGUAAAAACCUUACACGUGUACACUUCUAACCCCAGCAUUCAGGAGAGCGAAGCAGAAAGAGAACAAGUUCAAAGCCACCCUCAGCUAGUAGUGAGUUCAAAUUUAGCCUGAGUUGCAUAAUAAGAUUCUUAAAAUAAUUGCCAGAAAGUAAAAAAAGGAAGACUAUGGACUCUUAGUGGCAAACAUGGUAGUAUAAACCCAGUCAACAGCUUCUGGCUAGGGAAAGCUACCCACUCCUGCUCUUUUGCUAACUGGGCAUGUGUCCAUUCCAGUACCUUCUAAAUAACUAUGUUUAUGCUCAUUGAACAGUAAUGCUGUCAGUUUUGAUCAGAGAACUUCUUUUUGCAGUGGUCAGCAGUGACUGCAGAGAUUAGUCCAAGUACUGAGAGGAAGUGACUGCGGAGUGAUUGGUCAUCAAUGCUACAUCUUGUAUCAGGGAGGACAGGAGCAGACAGUGGGAAGAAUGGGGAGACGGAGGGAAGAUGAAGGAAUGCUCACUGGUGCCCAGACACGUCAUGGCUGUUACACUCUGAGAUGACCUCCACAAGGUAGGUCUGCCAUCAUCCUGUCAUGGAAGGUGACAGAUGAUGGACCCACCCCUUGGGUUUGUUUGUUUGUUUUACUUUGAGACAGGGUUUCUCUAUGUAGCCCUGGUUGUCCUGUAGCUCUCUCUGUAGACCAGACUGGCUCUUAUGGAUUUAUAUACAUUUAAAUAGUUAAAGGGAGGAGAGACAUGUUCUUCAGAGAUGUAGUCAUUGAUAGGGUGCUCAUACUCCAGUAACAAUUCUAAUGCAAUUGACUGGAUCCCACCAACUGGGAAGAUGAAGGGGAUUAGCAGAAGUGGAAGAGGUUACAAGAGUAGUGUGUGUGUGUGUGUGUGUGUGUGUGUGUGUGUGUGUGUGUGUGUGUGAAUAUGAUCAAAUAUAUCAUAUAUACAUAUGAAAAUGUCAUAACGAAAACCAUUAUAAUAUAUAAUUAAUGUGUUAAUUAAAUUUGGGUAGUAAUUCAAGCAAAAAAGCUAAAUUUUUACAUUUAUGAUAUGGGCAAAUACCAAUUUGGUAUUGCGUGUCAUUUAUUUUCUGUGCUGAUGACAUUACAAUUAGGAUUUUUACUUUUACAGACACACACUGAAAUCUUUAAAUUUGGAAUGGUAUACUGUCUGGAAUUCUCUCCAAAAUGAUAUAGGAGGAAAGAGAUGAAUGAAAAGAUACUUGAAAUAAGAUUGGCCAGAAAUUGGUAUUUCUUCCGAGUGCAUGGUAAAUGAUUCUUUAUGCUAUUCUGCCUACUUUUGUCCAUGCUGGAAAUUCUUCACACACAAAAAAAGUUUUAUAACAACGUUGUGGAAUUCUAAGCAUCUGAUGAAAGUCUCUGUAUUAGUCUAAAAGAGUAGACCAGAAGGAGGGGAAUUAAGAUGAGGGCUGUCUGAACAGCUCUGCGGGAGAGAGAGUGCCAGGGAAUGCAGGGGACAAAUAAAGGGUUGCUGAGCAGCUGCAAGGGCCAACUUGAAACUGGACAGCACGGAUUUAUAUUUGUCUUCCUGGUUCUCCCUCUAGCAGUGACCUGGGACUUUGGGAACAGAAAGAAAAAGAAAGGACAGUGGAUGAGGGAGUCCCUGAGGCAUUAACACUGUUACGAGUGGCUGCUGCCAGGGAGUGUGAAGUCAAGUACAGCUGGGAGAGUGUCUUGAUUUAGAGGUAGCAGGGGUGUGAUGGCUGCAGUCCCACUGAGGUCAAGGGUCAGGCCAUCAAUAGGGUGGUUAGAGUGGCUUAGAAGAGGCUCAUGUUGGUGUGUGAUAUCACUGAUCAAGAGGCUCCUGGACCCCAGUUAGACUGGACAAAGGGGCAGACUAGGAGGUUGGGGGGUGCUCUUCUUCAAAGAUCCUGGAAGGAUCUUAGACUUUGCAUGUUCUCAGAGGCCAUUAAGACAGCCCUUAGAGAUGUCUGAGGUUUUUUAUUUUCUCAUUUUAACAAAUGACAUUUCUUUGUUCUGUGUGUGUUGGGAGAACUCUACUGCAUGCCAUGGUGCUUGUGUGGGUUGCUUCUCCUUUCACCAGGCUGUUUCUGGUGAUCAGAGUCAGUCAGUCCUGGGGGACAGUUACUUUGUCUCAAUAAUUCAUCUUGCCAGCCUGCAGCUGAAGGUUCUGUUUGCUUCUUAGACAGGGUCUCACUUACUACGUAGCUCUGGCUGGGUCUGGUAGUUAGGUUGACCACCCUGGCUUAACUCUUAGAGAUCUGCCUAACUCUAACUGUGGAAUGCUGAGUUUAAGGGUGUGUGUCACCUCAUCUAAGUACUUUGUUAUUUUAAAGGAAGAAUAUGUAUUAUUAUGCACUCUUACACAUAAAAUGAAAAGAUUUUUAAAUAAUCCCUUUGUCAUCAAAUCUUUAAAUUCACCAUAAUUAUUGGUGAAAAUGUAUAGAUGAGCCAGACAUGGUGGUACACAUACUUAAUUCCAGUACAUAGGAUGCAGAGACAGACAGGAAUCUAUGAAUUUGAGGCCAACCUUGUCAAGUUAGUUUCAGGACAUCCAGUGGUGUGUAAAGACCUUGUUCCAUUCCCCCUCCCCACUGCUGGUGCUGCUGGAAAAAAAAAAACCUCCCCCAAAAGAAAGAAAACAUGGAAAAUUUUAUAAUAGUGUUGCUACCAAAAUAAGAUUUUUAAAAAAAUUUUUUUAUUACGUAUUUUCCUAAAUUACAUUUCCAAUGCUUUCCCAAAAGUCCCCCAUACCCUCCCCCCCCCACUCCCCUACCCACCCAUUCCCACUUUUUGGCCCUGGCGUUCCCCUGUACUGGGGCAUAUAAAGUUUGCAUGUCCAAUGGGCAUCUCUUUCCAGUGAUGGCCGACUAGGCCAUCUUUGAUACAUAUGCAGCUAGAGUCAAGAGCUCCAGGGUACUGGUUAGUUCAUAAUGUUUUUCCACCUAUAGGGUUGCAGAUCCCUUUAGCUCCUUGGGUACUUUCUCUAGCUCCUCCAUUGGGGGCCCUGUGAUCCAUCCAAUAGCUGACUGUGGGCAUCCACUUCUGUGUUUGCUAGGCCCCAGCAUAGCCUCACAAGACACAGCUAUAUCAGGGUUCUUUCAGCAAACUCUUGCUAGUGUAUGCAAUGGUAUAAGAUUCAUUUAAUGAGGUAGGAGUGGUUGCAAUCUUAUCACUGAGAUGUGCAGGCACCAUGGUGACGAGUUUAAGGUCAUCCUCUAUAAGGAAGUUAAAACUAGCCUGGGCUACUAGAAAUUCUGUUCCAAUAAACAAACCUACCUACCUAUUUAGCAGGUGUAGUGGCUUGUGCAUGUAACCCCUACCCUCAGGAAGCAGAGGCAGUCUGAUUGGUACAAGUUCAAAGCCAGACAAGGCUACAUAGCAAGACCUCAUCGUAACAAGAAAAGAAAAGACUAAGAUAACAAAAUUGCCAAUAAAUACUGUAUCCAAGAGUGGUACAUGGAGCCAUAUGGUGAUGGCAGUAUAUGCUUUUAAUCCCAGCACUCAGGAGGCAGAGGCAAGAGGAGCUCUGUGAGUUCAAGACUAGCCUGGUCUACAACACAAGUUUCAGGACAACUAGGACUAUUACACAGAGAGACCCUGUUUCAAAACAACAACAAAAAAGAGUGGUGACAUGGACCCAUGACCCUUUUUAAAAAAAGAUUUAUCUAUUUAUUAUAUGUGAGUACACUGUAGCUGUCUUCAGACACACCAGAAGAGGGCAUCAGAUCCCAUUACAGAUGGUUGUGAGCCACCAUGUGGUUGCUGGGAUUUGAACUCAGGACUCUCGGAAGAGCAGUCAGUGCUCUUAGCCGAUGAGCCAUCUCUCCAACCCCAACCAUAACCCUUUUAAAAAUGUACUUAUUACAUGCAUAAGUGUCUUGUCUCAUGUGUAUCUGUAUGUCACAUGCAUACCUAGUGCUCCUGGAGGUCAGAAGAGAAUAUGAGAUCCUCUGGAACUCAAGUUACAGACCAUUGUGAGCUGCCAUGUGGGUGCUGAGACUCAAACUGGUCCUCUGUGAAAAUAACAUAUUCCCUUAACCACCUAACCAUCUUGACAGGUACAAGGGACUGCUCUUUUCUUUUUCUUUUUUCUAAAGAUUUAUUUAUUUAUUAUAUGUAAGUACACUGUAGCUGUCCUCAGACACUCCAGAAGAGGGAGUCAGAUCUCAUUAUGGAUGGUUGUGAGCCAUCAUGUGGUUGCUGGGAUUUGAACUCCUGACCUUCGGAAGAGCAGUCAGGUGCUCUUACCCACUGAGCCAUCUCACCAGCCCGAUUGCUCUUUUCUUAAGGAGACAGGCUUGUGAUGGCCAGGAUGGCCUUAAGAUUUGAGUUUAGCUGCUUUGCAGCACUCUCACCUGGGACUACCAGUGUGUACUAUUAUGUCUGGAUUAAAAUAAAGCAUGGUCUAGACUAAGUAGCUGCUGAGGAGAAUGGAAGGAAUGUGGAUGAACUUGAGAGAAAGCUCCGUAGGUGGAAGUGAAGAACUAAUAGAACUAAUGUGGUCUUCUCUGUUCUUUUCUACAUAAGACCUUUGUGUGUGUGUGUGUGUGUGUGUGUGUGUGUGUGUGUGUGUGUGUGUGUGUGUGUGCAGUUUAGGCAAGCUUGGAUGUGAGAAAUGGGAGACCCCUCUAGAGCUGGAGUUCCAGGCAGUUAUGGUCCACCUGUUGUGGGUCCUGGGAAUCGAUCUUACAUCCACUCAAGAUCAGCAGGCGCUCUUAAUGGUUGAGCCAUCACUGCAGCCCUCUCCUCUGUUCUUGAACACGGCACAGUUCAGUCUCUAGCAUCUCUGUACUAUCCGUUCCUCCUGUCUAGAAUAAUUUCUGUCCCGAUUUCAGAUGACCUCUCAUGAUAAGGAAUUAGUUAAGUUGAGAACUGGCCAAUAAAAGGAAAGAAUCCACCAUUAACCUAUCUUUCCCAGGGGAACUAUACAGCAAAAUACCAUUUGUGUCUUUUCGCAAAAGUAUUCCAACAAAUUAGAAUAUUACCGGUUGGUUUUUUUUUUUUUUUUUAAGUCUAUACUCAGGAGGCAGAGGUAAUCAGAUUGCUGUGAGUUUGAGGACAGCCUAAUCUACAAAGUGAGUUCCAGGUCAGCCAGAACUGUUACACAGAGAACCCUGUCUCAAAACAAAUAAAACAAAACAACAAUAACAACAAAAAAAGGAAAAAAAGGAAGAAAAGAAAUCUAGGUGUGGAGCAAGUCAUGGUGGCUUUUAAAAGCCUUUAAUCUCAGCACUACGGAGAUAGAACCAGGGAACCAGGCAGCUCUGUAGACCAGCCUAGUGUACAUAGUGAGUUUCAGGAAAGCCAGGGUUACAUAGACCCUGUUAGACAGACAGACAGACAGAUAGACAGAUAGAUCAAUCUGCAUAUGGUGGUGCGCAGGCCUGUAAUCUCAGUUACUCAAAGCCUAAGGUGGCCUUGAACUUGGAGCCCUCUGGAGUGUUACAUUACAGGCCUGUGCCACAGCACCUGGCACAGAAAGGCCAUCUAGACAGUCUCUAAAUCAAUACCUAGUGUCCAGUUCUGUUGGCAUUAGACUUGAUUAUUUUUCCCAUGACCCUUGUCAGCCUGAAGUUUCCUUAAGUGAGAAGCAGUAGAACAGAAGGAAGGGGACACUGUGACAUCAAGUUGAAUUCAAGUUGUCAUAGAGCUCUAUGGCCUUAAAGUAUUUAGGAGCUGCAUGCCUCAGUACACCUAAGUGUGAAACAGAAAUAACACUUCAUCAAAAAAAAAAACAAAAAAACAAAAAAAAACCAAACCACUUCAUCAUAAGUUCAUUAGAAGUAUUAAACAAAAGAACAUAUAAACCCCUCAGCAUAGUCAGAGCCUGGUACAGGGCACACAUCUAAAUGUUCGCAUUGUUAAUGUUAUCUUAUUGUAUGAUUAUUCAUUUAUUUAUAUAUUAUUUAUUUUCCACUAAAAUAAAAUGUUGUAUUAAUACAAUAUACCCAGGACCAAAUUUGACCUAGUAUAUAUAAUACAUGAUCAAUAAAUGUUUGCUGAAUGAGUGAUCUCAGUUGAGCUGACAAAGAAUGGGUAGGAGCCAGGUCCUGGAAUGUUUGCUGUUGUCCUAGCUACUCAAGAGGCUGAGACAAGAGGAUCCAAGUCAGCUUGGAUUGCAUGAGACCUUCCAGAGCCAGGUCUUUAACCCCAGCACUCUGGGAGGCAGAGGUAGGUAGAUCUCUGUGAGUUUGAGGCUAGCCUGGUCUACAUAGGGAGUUCCAGGCCUGUGGAGCCUACACAGUGAAACCCUGUCUCAGAAAAAUAAAGGUGGGAAGAGGUUUGUAGAGUAAUAACAGAGAAGGAAAUCCUGGGCCUGGAGGUAUAACGCAGUGUGCACUGAGUGCUGUAGUAUAGCUGCACCUGUGGGAGGCUCUGGGUUUUAAGAAAAGAAAAGAAAUUCCUGCAUGUUGAAGUAUAUAUGUAUGUGCACCCAUACACAGUCAUGUGAACACCAUGGCUCACAUGUGCAGUUCAAAAGUCAUCUUUGUGGAGUUGGUUUUCUUUUUCCAGCUUGUGGAUCCUAAGGACUAAACUCAGGUCUUUAGGCUUGAAUGAUGAGUGCUUUUACCUGCAGAGUAUCUCCCCAGGCCCUGGAGAUGACGGUUUUGUGAAAGGAUGAAAAAAUAUAUAUGAUGUUUCUAAGAUUUCAAGUUGAAAUAGUAAGGAGACUAGUAGUCUUUUUGUUUGUCUUUUGAAAUAGGGCUUCUCUGUGUAGCUCCGGCCGUCCUGGACUUGCUUUGUAGACCUGGAACUCAGAGAUCCACCUCCCUCUGUCUCCUAGUGCUGGGAUUAAAUGUAUUCGCCACCACCCUGCUGUUAUUUUUCUCCAUUCAUUAAUUUUUUUAUUCACUUUACAUCCUGAUUGCUUCCCCGUCCUCCCAGUACCCCCAUCCUCCCAGUACCCCGACAUACAGCUCCUCCUCCCAUUCUUUCUUUCUCCUCUGAGAGGGUGGAGGCCCUUGGGUAUCCCCCCACCCCAGUCCAGCACAUCAAGUCUUUGCAGGGCUAGGUGCAUCGUCUCCCACUGAUGCCAGACAAGACAGUCCAAUGAGGGGAACUGAUUCCAUAGACAGGCAACAGCUUUAGGGACAGCCCCUGUUACAGUUAUUGGGGGACCCCCACAUGAAGACCAAACUGCACAUCUACUACGUAUGUGGAGGAGGCACCUAGUUCUAGCCCAUGUAUGUUCUUUGGUUGGUGGUUCAGUCUCUGAGAGCACCUAAGGGUCCAGGGUAGUUGACUCUGUUGGUCUUCCUGUAGAAUAUCUAUCCCCUUUAGGGCCCUCAAUCCUUCUUCCAUAACAGUACCCAAGCUCCACCCAAUGUUUGGCUGUGGGUGGAGCCUGUUUCAGUCAGCUGCUUGGUGGAGCCUCUCAGAGGACAGUCAUGCUAGGCUCCUGCCUACAAGCAUAAGAGUAUCAUUAAUAGUGUUAGGGAUUGGUGCUUGCCCAUGGGAUGGGUCUCAAAUUGGGCUGUUAUUGGUUGGCCAUUCCCUCAGUCUCCGCUCCAUCUUUGUCCCUAUAUUUCUUUUUUUUGGGGGGGGGGUUGAUUUUUCAAGACAUGGUUUCUCUGCCCGGCAACUCCCUACAUUUUUUGUAGACAGGACAAAUUUUGGAUCAAAAGUUUUGUGGGUGGGUUGGUGUCCUUAUCUCUCCAUGGGGUUACAGGAGAUCUCUGGUUAUCUCUGCCUGGUUACAGGAGGUGGCAUCUUCAGGUUCUAUAUUGAGAUGAAGAAACAUAACCAAGAUAGCAUAUAUAAUAUAGACUACCUUCUUACCACCACCUAGCAAGUACUCUUUCUUCUUAUGCCUGCGAUUUCAUUCAUUCAUACAUUCUUUCAUUUGAGACAGGAGUUCUUUGUGUUAACAGCCCUGGCUGUCCUGGAACUUGAUUUGUAGGCCAUGCUAGCCUUGAACUCACAGAGAUCAACCUGUCUUUGCCUCCUAGUGCUAGGAUUAAAGGCCUGAGUCACCACACCUAGCCUUUGUUUAAUUUUUUUAAGACUUUAAAUUUUACUUUCAAUAUUUAUUUAAUUUUAUGUCUAUUAAUGUUUUGGCUACAUGUAUGUCUGUGACCCACAUGUGUAUCUGAUAUCAGAGGCUAGAAGAGUGUAUUACACACCCCCUGGAACUGGAAUUACAGCCAGUUAAGCUAUCAUGUGGGCGUUGGGAAUCAAACCUGGCUUCUUCGCCAGAGCAGCCAGCGCUCUGAAUUGCUGAGCCAUCUAUCUAGCCCCUUAUGCCUUGAAUUAAAACUGAGGUCUUGCAUGUGCUAAGCAAGUACUCUCCGAGACACUGAGCUCACCUUGAGCCCUGAAAGUUAAGACCUUAAAAAGCACAGGAAAACAAGGCCAGUGUGUGGUACUUGCCUUUGGUUUCAGGAUUCAGGAAGCUGAAACAGGUGGAACUCUGGGAGCUUUUGAUCAGCAUAUGCUAGCUUUGUGAGUUUAAGGACAGCCUGGUCUAUGUAGUGAGGUCUGGGACUGCCAGAGCUACAUAAUAAAGAGACCCUGUCUCAAAAAAGCAAGAACAAACAAAACAGAAAAACAAUAAAUGGGAACUAAUAUUAUUUGAAUAUUGUCAUGAGAAUGUUAUUUUAGAAAUGGGCUUGAGAAAAUUGGCAUAUAGGAACAGAAAGGCAAGGAGGUACUUACUGGUAAGGAAUACUGGCGUUUGUAAAAAAACAUCAGCACUCAAAAUAGGCAUUUUUCUAGAGGAUUACCUGCAUCAUUUUGGUACUUUAAAAUAUUCAACUCUAUUUACUUAUUUAGACUUGCAAUGUGUAGGAGUGUUUUGCUCCCAUGCAUGUCUGUGCACCAAGUGCAUGCCUGGUGCCCUUGAGGCCAGAAGAACACCAGAAUCCUCUGGAAAUGAGUCAUAGACAGGACAGUUGUGAGUCACCACUGUAAUAACAUGCACAGACCCACAGAGACACAGACACAAAUACACUUUAGUCAAAGUUAAUAAAUUAAAUUAAAAGAUAAGGUCUCACGUAGCAGAGUCUGGCCUUGGUCAGAUCCUCCUGUCUCUCUGCUCUGUGUGCUGAGAAUGUUCCGCGGUGUAUAGUAUGAAAUACUUUCAUAUAAGACUCCUUCGUUUCUUUUUUUUUAAAGAUUGAUUUAUUUAUUAAAUGUGAGUACACCUGUAGCUCCCUUCAGACACACCAGAAGAGGGCGUCAGAUCUCAUUACGGAUAGUUGUGAGCCACCAUGUGGUUGCUGGGAUUUGACUCAGGACCUUCGGAAUAGGAGUCAGUGCUCUUAACUGUGAGCCAUCUCUCCAGUCUGACUUCUUCGUUUCUAAAAUGGAACAAGUUUGUCAAAUUGAAAUAAAAGUUACUUUCUUCCAGUUUAUUCUUCAUAGAAAGUCACAUUUAACAGUUUAGUUGACACACAACCUAUCCCUUUCCUUUUCCUUUUUGGGGUAGAGGUAGAAGGAUGUGAAAGAGUGGCUGUGUAGCCCAGAAUGGCCUUGAACUUGUAAACUUGUUCUUCCUGGCUCUUUCUGAUUAUAGGCGUGUGUCACCAUAGCCCCUGAUUCAUCUGAUUUCCAAGCAUUUCAAAUAUACACUGGAAUAUUUAGAGCAGCAGUUAUCAGCCUGUGGGUCACGACAGCUUUAGCAAACCUUUUUCAAAAAUAAUAUUUAAAUUACAAUUCAUAACCAUAACAAAAUGAAUUAUGAAGUAGUAAUGAGUACUUCUAUGGUUGAGGGUCAGCACAACAUGAAGAACUGUAUUAAGAAGUGGCAGCAUCAGGACAGUUAAGAACUGCUGAUGUGCUGGGCAGUGGUGGCGCACACCUUUAAUCCCAGCACUUGGGAGGCAGAGGCAGGUGGAUUUCUGAGUUCGAGGCCAGCCUGGUCUACAAAGUGAGUUCCAGGACAGCCAGGGCUAUACAGAGAAACCCUGUCUAAUGUAGAGGCAUAGAAAGAACUGCUGAUGUAGAGGCAUAGAAAAAGUCUGAGCAAAUACAAUACCUAAUAUGCAAAAGUUUGUUUCUUUUCCUUUCCAGAUAAUUUGGAAUAAAAAAUAUAUUUUGGCACUGGGGAUUGAACCCAGAGCUUUAAACAUGCUAACUAUGUGCUCUACCCCUGAGCUGCAUCCCCAGCCUAGAGUCAUUUUAUAAUAGUGUUCUGUAAGUUCUGUAGCCAUUAACUAUAUUACAUUCUAUUCCAUUAUAUGUGCACCUGGGGAUCAAACCAGCACUCCAUCAUUGCCUACACCCCAGCUCCACAUAGUUCUUGAAGGUAUUUCCUUGUCAAUCAAUAUGUAAAGAUCUCUUACACUCAUUCGUGUAUUGCAUAAUAAUUAUUGUAUAGAUAUUUUAUAGAUCGAUUGCUCCCCUAUUGAUAAACACUUAGGUUGUUUCUUUUUUAAUAAAAUAAAUAAAUAAAUUUGUGUUCAGCCAGGCAUAGUAAAUGCUUUAAUCUUAGCACUUAGGGGACAAAAGCUAGUGGAUCUCUCUGAGUUCGAGGCCAGCCUGGUCUACAGAGUGAGUUCCAGGACAGCCAGAGCUACACAGAAAAACCUUGUCUUGAAAAAUAGAAAGAAAGAAAGAAAGAAAGAAAGAAAGAAAGAAAGAAAAAGAAAUCCAAACUAACUGCAACAAAACAAAACAAAGAGACAGAGAAAAAAUAAAAAAUAAGCACGGGAAACGAAUGCACAGGAAUGUACACAGUAACUUCCCAAAUACAAAACCAGAAGCCAUAAUAGAUAAGCAGAAGACAAAGAUGGUGAAACUUGCCCAAAGCAUUGUGAGAAGGUAUCUUCCAAAAUACCAUUGGGUUCAUACUGUUGGGCCUGGGGCCUGCUCUUAAGUGUGGACUGUAUACGUAGUGAGACUCUGUUGGAGAAGCUAAUUUUUCAUUUGGAGCAGUACCAUCCACAGGCAGGUGGGUCUGAGCUAUAUAAAAUAUUAGCUGAACAUGAGCAAGCCAGUUAGGAACGUUUAUCAGUGGUCUCAGUUUUUGCCUUCAGUUCCUGCCCUUAGCUUUCCUCAGUAAUGGACUGUAACUUGUGAGCUGAAAUAACUGCAUUCCUCCCUGGCGGAGUUUGGUUAUGACAUUUAUCACAGCAACAGAACACACAAACAGAACACUAGGCAAGGUUGUGUAUGCGGCAAGGCUAGCAAAUAUUUGUACCAUGGACAAUCUGAAAGGUAGAAAUUAGAAACCUGGAUCUUAAAACGUUUUUAAAUUAUAGCUAGACGUUCAUUUAUAUAAGUCAGUUAAAAGUCGGAUAUUAUGGCCUGGAGUGAGCGGGGGCCCAGAGUAAGUGGGGGGCCAGAGCAAGAGGGAGAAGGGAAGGGGGAGGAAGUCAGGUAUUAUUAUUAUUAUUAUUAUUUUUUUUUUUUUGGUUUUUCGAGACAGGGUUUCUCUGUAUAGCCCUGGCUGUCCUGGAACUCACUUUGUAGACCAGGCUGGCCUCGAACUCAGAAAUCCGCCUGCCUCUGCCUCCCCAGUGCUGGGAUUAAAGGUGUGCGCCACCACGCCUGGCUUGGAAGUCAGGUAUUAUAAAAGGACAUAAUAGAAUAAAAGUUAAAUAUGAAAACUGGAGAGGUAGCUUGGUGGUUAAAACCCAUUUACUGCUCUUCCAGAGCAAUGCAGUUACUCCCGUCAUCCACGUUGUAUAGUUCACAAACACCUGCAACUUCUGCUCCAGAGGACUCAGUACUGAACACUGACAGAAGCAUGCACCACACACAACACAUACACAGAGUUUUGUUGUUGGGUUUUUUUAAAAAAAGAUUUAUUUAAUAUGUUGUUACCUUCAAAUACACCAGAAGAUGGCAUCAGAUCCUAUUACAGAUGGUUGUGAGACACCAUAUGGUCACUGGGAAUUGAACCCUGAACCUCUGGAAGAGCAGUCCAGUACUCUUAACCACUGAGCCAUCUUUCCAGCCCCUCCCUUUUAAAAGUCAUAUAUUAAUUACCUCAGUCCCCCAAUUCUCUUUCUAGAGACAACCACUAUUGCUAGUGGUCUUUGUUGUUGUUUUGAAAAGGGAUCUCACUGUUUAGGCUCUGAUGGCUUGAAACUCACUAUGUAGUUCAGGGUGGCCUCAAGCUGGAGGUGAACUUCUUCUCUAAUGCUGAGAUUAUGGCUUGUGCCACCAUGCCUGCUGGCAUGUGUGCUUGUAUCAAUAUGUCUUUCUGCUUUUUCCAGAAAAGUUAUAUGUUAUUAAUCCAUUCUUUUACUAAAAUCUCUAAAACUGUUUCACACCAAUAUACACAUAGUACCUUAUUCUUCUAUAUGGCUAUAUCAUAAUUUAACGUGUCUCCAACAUUUCAUUUCCUUGCAGUUUCCUGCCAUGCAAAUCCCCUUGAACACACUUAAUGUACACAGUAUAAUGCAGGAUAGAUCCCUAGAGGAACUGCUGGAUAUCACAUAGUAGCUGCUCUCAUUCCUUGGCCAGUUCAUCUCACAUCUUCUUCAUUCUUCAAUAUAUAUAUAUAUAUAUAUAUAACAUUGGAGGUAGAGAGCAAAAGUGAUUUCAUCAGCUUCUAGAGUGCUGUACCAUGGGUGAAACCCAAUCAUGCCUCUAAGCCUCAUAGAUUGGUUCAGGCAACUCAGGCUGAGCCCAUGGCACCAUUUUCCUGUUCACAGGGAUUGUUUAGGAAUGCACCAAGACCCAAUAAAAUGACUGAGGGGAUUUGCUGAAGGAUUUGUGGGUAGAAGUUGUCCCCCCCCCCCGGGUGAGGUACAAGAAGCCAGCCUUUUCUUUUAGACAGUGUGGUGGCUGCCUUCAAAUACUUCAUUCCUUUUGCUACCAAGGAAUGAAUCCAUUUUAAAAUGAAGCACAUACUUUAGAAGGCUGAUAGAAGGAAAUUGGGUCUUUGAUAUUGCUAUCUGUGGAAUCAAAGCAACACAAUACCUGCUCUUCUGAAGUCUGUAAUUGAAUGAACCAAGAAAUUCUCUUAUCACUGAAGCCUAUUGGAAUUGGGUUUUUCAUUACUUACUAAUUUUAAAAGGAUAUGUACUUCUGUAUGUUUUGUUUGUUUUGUUUUGAAACAGGGUUUCUCUGUGUAGCCUUGGCUGUCUUGGAACUCUCUAAGUAGGCCAGGCUGGCCUGCAGAGUGCUGAGACUAAAAGAAUGGGCCACCAUGUCUGGCAAAAGGAUAUGUACUUUUAAAAUAUUUUGACAAUUGCCUUUCCAAAACUUAUACCAACAGCUGAACAACAAAACAGAAGGGAAGUCUGUUUCUCUAUAUUCUUGCCAAAUAAUAUAUUACCAUAUUUUCUAAUAUUGCUAUUAAAAAUAUUUAUUCUUUGAUAAUUCAUACAA